CGUUGAAAUGAGAUCAAACCAGAAUUCUGUUUGCGUCUAAUCCCAUCCCAUCCCAUCCCUGAUCCAUGUCUGAGUGGUCUCAGCUCCCCCGAGAACUUCUAGACCUAAUCGCCAGGCACCUCAGUUCCGAUACCGAUUUCCUUCGCUUCCGAUCCGUAUGCUCUUCAUGGCGAUUCUCCGUCCCGGACAAGCCUCACAACUCUUACCCCUCCCGCUUUCCUGUCAUCCCUAAUGACGGAAUCUCGGACACCAGCUGGGGCUUUAAACUCUCAAGACGCACCAUUUACUUGCUCCGAUCCUCCCCAUCCAAUGCCUGGAUUCUUAAGCUCGAUUCUGAAAUUCCCCAUCGAUUCCGCUUGUUUCAUCCUCUUUCUAGAUCACAUUUGAAGCCGCUCCCUUUGACUUUCCCUAAACUUCUAGAUAUCUCUCGAUACCGCAUUCAUGAGCUGGGUCAGGAGUACACUCUUCAGUACAUCAACUACAGGCCUUUGGCCAGUUCAAUUGGUGAGGCAGGUAAUCUUUAUAUGGAGAAGGUCGCCUUAUGUCUGGAGAAACACCCCCCGUUAGGGUUUGUGCUAUUGACCAUUCAUGUUUCUGGGAAAUUGGUUAUUUAUAGAUCUGGUGCCUCCAAGUGGACUGUCAUCAACGACCUCAGUUCACCUUACGAUGAUGUCAUCGCCAAAGAUGGUCGCUUUUAUGCUGUUGAUAGUACUGGAAGGGCAGUGACUCUUAAUUUGGAUUCCGCAGCAGGCCUGGAUUUGACUGUCGUUGCGCAUCCUGUGUUCGGCGGAGACAAGAAAUUCCUGGUGGAGUCGUGUGGAGACUUGUUAAUGGUUGAUAAGUAUUUGACUGUUGGGCCUGGUGAUGAUCUCGGAUACAGUGAAGGUUUUGAGUUUUACGAGGAGUUCGAUUGUUUCAUGAGCGAGAGGACUCUCAAGUUUAAGGUAUAUAAAUUAGAUGAAGAAGGGCAGAAAUGGGUUGAGGUUGCAAGUUUGAAGGAUAGGAUACUCUUCCUGGGUGAAAAUUGUACAUUUUCUGCUUUGGUUUCUGAGCUAAAUCCCGAGUGCACAGGGAACCGUAUAGUGUUUGCAGAUUAUUACAGGGAAGGUGAUGGAGUAUGGAAAAUACCUGGUAUAGGUGUGUCUAACUUAGAGAGUGGUAGCAUUGGUCCUAUAAAUAGUUUUAUUGGUUAUUCUGAGCUGUUUUGGCCACCUCCUUCCUGGAUUUCUUCUGCUUCACAGAUUGAAGAUGGGAUGAACCAACUGAGUAUUUGAAUUUCCCAAGGCAAUCAAAAUAAGAUGCAAAAGAGAGAUGAACUGACCAAGCUGAUGCCUCAGAUGGAUGGUGUCGUUGAUGUCAUGCAAAAACAUGAGUGUGCUUAUUCCAGCCCAGCAGAUACAUCAUAUCCUCAACCUUUUUGUUGGGAUGUAUGUAUUUCCCUCAUGUAAUAGAAGGCAGGAGAAUUUGAAUUUUCAAUUGCUUUUGGCUUAUGUUUACACUUUGGUUGAAAUAAGGACAGCUCUAUUUAUUUUGACAUGACAAUUACUCUUGUAAAGAAGCUUUUGUUUUCACAUGCACAAAGUUGAAAUAAUAGAUAAUGCAGCUCUGAGGUUUCAGGCAUA